AUGGUGCUGUGCACCAGAAAGGUCUGCAGCCUGGCUGCAGCCUGGCUCUCUCUGCUCUUCUCAUCACUGCUGCUGCAGAAGGUGCAAGUUUCAACAGUUUUACUGAUUCAGUUUCCUGUAAACUUGCACCUUUUUGUGAUCCAUCAGAUAUCUCCUGUAUGUGGGGUCCCGUCCUGCCCGCGGAGCUGCAGCUGUCCUGCUGUCAAAGAGGUCCACUGCACUUUCAGACACCUCGCCGCCGUGCCGAAAACCCUCCCCAAAGACACGGAGAGGCUCAACCUCGGCUACAACAGCCUGACAGAGGUGGAGGGGUCAGAGUUCAGGCCCCUAAGGCAACUGGAAAUGCUCAUGUUACAUGGAAACGACAUUAGCUCGGUUCAUCCUGGGGCCUUCUACAGCCUGAGGUCUCUGCAGAUUCUGAAGCUAAGCUACAACAAGCUAACGUCGGUAAACGCGGGCAUGCUGGAAGGUCUGGUCGGUUUAGUCCGUCUUCAUCUGGACCACAACCUCAUAGACUUCAUCGAGCCUUAUUCUUUUAACGGUCUGACUUCACUGAAGCUCCUGCAGUUGGAGGGAAACCUUCUCAAAGAGAUCCACCCUCAUACCUUCAUAACUGUGUCAGUGCUGGGAAACUUUUGGACUUCUGGGCUCAAACACUUGCACCUGUCAGACAACUUGCUGGAGCAACUCCCUGCUGCAGCACUGAAGACUGCUCAAAGGUUGGAACUUCUCUCUCUACAUGGUAACCCAUGGACCUGUGACUGCCAGCUUCAAUGGCUGAUUGAAUGGAGUGAAGCACAUGAAGGAGUAAUAAAAUGUAAGAAAGAACGAGGCUCGAGUGAAAUCUGCCCUCAAUGCUCCUAUCCUCAACAUCUGAAUGGUACCCAGCUUCUAGGAUUAACUGCAGGCAAGCUUACCUGUGAGCGGCCACUUCUUCGAUCCCCUUUCAAGCAAUGGGACAAUCCUAUGUGGGCAGAGACAGAAGUAGAACCUGACCUGCCAUAUGUACAGGAUUUUGAGAAACCUCUGGGCCACCUGACCAUUGUUCUUUCUGACAGCCAUGGAAACAGUGCCCAUGUGGCGUGUGACGUACGUCAUCCAGGGGACAGCCCGCCCAUGACAUGGAGUGUGAAUUCACGGACACCUGGGGAACUUUCUGUGAACGUAUCACUGGUGACUGUUCUUGAGUGCGAGAUUGAUAGAGAAAAGUUACAAAACCUCUGGCAGUUGGUGGCCUAUUACUACGAAAGCCCUGCAAUCUUGGAGAGAGGUCAUCUAAGGGGAAAUACAAGUGGAGUUACAUAUCAAUAUGUCCAAGUGGUGAAUGAAAAUUCUCCGUAUUUCACAGAGCUAAAAGGAUAUUUGGUGGCAGAGCCUGCAUGGCUCCUUCAACCAAGAGUUGUAUUGAAACUAAACAGGCAGCAGACAACAACAAAGAAACUUGUGAUGGAUUUCACCACUUUAAUUACAAAGCAAAUCAACAGCAAUAGGGUACAAGAAGAUGGGGAGGACUUUGCUACAUCCUGGGCGUUACUUCGAAGAGGGAGUGCUGGGAGAAUUCAGACUGCUCUGGAGGGUUCAAAGGUUCAUUUGGAGUGUAGUGUUAUUACCUCUGACCCGCAAGUGAAAGUGGAGUGGAUACUUCCAGAUCUGUCCACUCUGGAGGACUCAAAUGAUAAAAUAGAACUUUCAGAAGAAGGACAACUUGUUAUUCUAAAUGCCUCUAUAUCUGACUCAGGUGUUUACCACUGUAUCAUCAGAACCAAGGCUGGUGUAGACCUAAUGCCACUAAGACUUACCAUCAAAGAGCGUUCUCUCAGUCCUACAGCCUUAAAUGGUGAGAAAAUCACAACCAAGACAGGAGGAUUUUUCUCUCUUCCUUGUGAAGUGACCUCAGUACAACCCAGUCAAACUAUGUGGUACCUGCCUAAAAACCAAGUGCUUCUUCCCACACAAAAGACAAGAAGAAUAGAAGUGACAGAGAAUGGGACGUUGGUUGGAAGGAAGCUUACACAAGAGGAUGCAGGCGAAUAUAGCUGUGUGACCUCUAAUCUGUAUGGAGUUGACAUGUUGUCUCAUGUAAUAGAAGUCACAGAAGUAAAGAAUUCUGAUGAGUCAAAAAUACAACCAGAGGGCCAAGAAACAAUCCCCACACUUAGUGUGGAGGAGGGAGAGGGAUCAGGGGGAGACUAUCAGGAAACCAUACGUCCGUUUGCAACAGAGCUUCCUGAGAAAGUGGGAACACCCCUAAAUAGACCUAACAGGUUUUUUAAAAAGACACCAAUGAAAAACUCAAGGAGGAAACCCAAUAAAUCAAUUAAGGAAUUAGAUCCAAAUCGUUGGGCAGAGAUACUAGCUAAAGCUCACGCUAAACCAAGUGCUCCUCUUCCCACAGAGCAGUCCCUAGAAGAUCCCAGUACUGUAAUGAUCCACAAAAUUGCAACCACACAUUCAACUGCUCUUGCAACCACAUCUGUUGACAAGGCUAACUCCCUUCAAGACAUUACAACACAUCUUGAAGCAGAGCCAACCAAGUUUUCUUUAGUCCCAAAAGUUGAAAGUAGAACCCAGUCAAACAAAGAGAAGAUAAAACAUCAUUCUAAAGGUCUUGAAGAAUCAGAAAUUCAAAUUCAUCAUUCUAGUUUUCCUGGAAGCACACCAUUAACUAAACUGCCAGCUGAAGAGAUCAUAGAAAAAGUAAGAGCUAUCACAAUUCCUCCUUUAAUAAGAACUACACAGGCUGGUUUAAGGCCAGGAAUUCAUCACUCAAAUGUUCCUGGCCGUACAAACAGAAGAAGACCCCCUUUUAGAUGGGGAAGACCCCCAAUGAGAAGAACCCAUCCAUACACCAAACCUCUGUACCAUCCACUUAAAAAACCCCAAACAACUGUUCGCCCAAUACCAACCACGACUUCAACAACAACCACCACCACCACAACAACAACUCCUGUUACCACUACAACAACCACCACAACCACUACAACAACCCCUGCUCCUACCACAACAACCCAUGCCCCAACUACAGAGGAUUACGAUGGACAUUUAUCUGCUGAGUACAACAUAGAUGAUGAGGACAACUAUUAUGAUGACUAUGAUUAUAAGAAUAGUGUAACCUUGAGUGAAAAUGAUGAUCUAAACAGUGAAACUACUUACAAUCCCAUAGGCAAUACCUUUACUCAAUCUCCAUCCUUUACUGAAACAGAUCCAAACAUAAGCAAAAACAUUGUUCCAACUCCAAAAACAAUUGCAAUUCCAAACCUUGAUAAUUCAUACUUGAGGAAAACUGAUGACUUUGUGAAUUUAAGGAUAACUGAUGUAAAGAGCACAGGAAUGAAGGGACAAACUAGAGGAAAUGACAAAGAUAACAUAAAGCCACAUGUAGUUGAUGAAAACAAGAAGGAUAUGACAGAAACAAAGGAGCAAGACAGACACAGAUAUACUGAUGUCAUUGGGAGAAAUGAAGAAAACGCGAGAAUGAAGAUGGUCACCCCGAGCUACAAUGUGCAAAAUAACAUCAGGUUGACCACCCGGAAUAGACCAAACAGACCUCUACCUGAACAAAAUAUACCAACACAUACAAGAACAUCAUCUGUGAAGAGUUUUUCAACAAAUACCCAAGAAGAACAUGAAAUCACUCAUGGCAAAGUUAAAAUGAUAAGCAAGUCAACUAAGAUCCCUGAGCCCCACAAUCCUUCCAAUAUGCAGCCACUCCAUCCUUGGCUUCUCCAGACCAACCAGGGAAAUGGAAAAUCUACCAAUUCCAGAACUAUAAACACAAACCAAAACAGAAAUACAGGCGUACAAACUGAAGUCAGUCAUGACAAAGUUUCCCAUCAUCCCAAAGUGUAUCCCACCUCCCACUGGUCUUCACACCACCGCCAUCCCCAUCACUCUUACCCCUUAAACCCUUCCUGGCCAAGCCAAAGGUUGUUUCCUCACUUGAAACAAGGUUCUGGAUCACAUGUUGCAGUUACCCACCGUCCCUGGCCUUUCCCCCACCCUUGGGUUCACAGCACUUUUGUGACAAAUCGACCAGAGAUCACAGCUGAAACAAUAAAACCUACUCCAACUAUUGCCAAAAUGGAAAACUUCAGGACUAUACCACCUAAACCACAUCAUUACAAUUAUGAUGUCAGCAGUCAAACAAGAGAUAAAUUACUCAUGUUAAGGCUGAGGAACAGAUACAGACAGGGUACCUACGGGUUUCUCCCCACAUCUGCUUCUUACCACUUCACCACAUCACACCCCGUUUAUGGAGGAAGACAACACAGUUUCCGACAACCCACACCUGCACCUCCUUUCCCAUGGUUGCGUGGAGCUGGGGGAGGUGGGAUGAAGCCCCGAAUCAACUCAUUAAAUACAGCAAGUAUGUCUGUGCUGGCAGAGACUGACGUGGUCCUUCCCUGCAAAGCCACUGGAAAUCCAGAACCCAACAUUGCAUGGACCAAAGUAUCUACAGGUGCCACUAUUCCAUCCAACACCAAGCAUGGCCCUCGUUUUGAAGUCUUCAGAAAUGGAACUUUCUUCAUUAAAAAUAUUCAACUUCAGGAUCGAGGACAGUACCUCUGCACAGCCCAGAACAAGCUUGGAUCAGACCGGAUGGCCAUUACUUUAACUGUUCAGACAGAGUCCCCAAAGAUUCAAAGACCUAAGUCCGCAGCAAUAGCAGUCUACUUAGGAAAAGGUGUGGCUUUACACUGCCUUGCUUCUGGAAAACCAGCAGCCCAAAUUUCCUGGAUUCUCCCUGACAGAACAUUUGUUCGAGAAGUCGGGACAGUUCACUCUGUUUUUUCUGCAAUAUCCCUUCUUCAGAAUGGGACCCUGCAAAUACAUUCUACCAACUUCUCCAGCAAAGGGGACUAUAAAUGUAUUGCAAGCAAUGCAGCAGGUGCUGAUACCAUCACCUAUCACCUCCAUGUUGCAGCGCUGCCUCCAAGCAUAAGUGAAGCACCAACAGACAGUCUUAUUGUUCAGCCAGGCAGAGAUGUGUAUGUUCACUGCUCUGUGAAGGGCGAACCAGCACCUAUUCUCAAAUGGAUGCUCCCAGAAGGUAUCCAUGUUAAGCCAUCACAGUUUCUAGGAAGCAGGUUGUACAUCUUCCCCAACGGAACACUGUUUGUGAAGAAUGUUUCUCCCUCUGAUAGUGGAAGGUAUGAGUGUUUGGCUACCAAUGCAGUAGGGAUUGCCAAAAGAACGGUCCAGCUAGAAGUGGAAGCACAAUCCUUUAUCUUCUCCCGCCAGCCUUCUCCUCCUCUUUCAAUUCCUUCAUCUCCCAACCAUGGCACUCCAUCUCGUCAACAUGUGGUCUCAGCUAUGUAUGGUUCUACUGUCUACCUCCACUGUCCAGAAUCCACUGGAUCAUUAAGAGGAACAGUUUGGCAACUUCCAUCCAAGGCCAUCAUUGAACACAGAUACAGCCCCGAGAGACCAAUUAAAGCUUUCCAUAAUGGGACUCUGAGGAUUCUCCAGCUAACAGAGCUGGAUGGAGGGAAGUAUUUGUGUAUUUUUCAGCGGCCCAAUGGUGAAGACAUGGAGCUCUUCCAGGUAGAAGUGCUGAUGACUCCUCCCAGAAUUGAACAUCUAAAGACUGCAAAGGCUGAGAUUACCUAUGGAGAAAAUUUCCAGGUGGACUGUGUUGCAACUGGUCUUCCUGAUCCAGAGGUUUCCUGGAGUCUUCCAGAUGGAACUAUGAUCAACAAUGCUCUUCAGUCAGAUGAUAGCGGUCUACGCAAUCGCCGCUAUGUCAUGUUCGAAAAUGGAACUCUGCUGCUCCAGCACAUCAACAAAAGGGAUGAGGGUGACUACACAUGCUAUGCUAAGAACAAACUGGGUAAGGACGAAAGAAAAGUGAGUGUUAAAGUGGCACCAAAAUCUCCACAAAUUGGAUUAAAAUCCCAAUCCACUGUUAUGGUAAAGAUGGGAGAAUCUGCCAAACUAGAGUGUAAAGCAACAGGUGAACCCACACCAAAAAUAAUUUGGAUCUCACCACAAAAGGAUGUAAUACCACUGUCAACAGAAACAUUUGAGAUCAUGAAUGAUGGGACUUUAAUCAUCAAGAAAGUAACUCUGGCGGAUGAAGGGAAAUAUGCAUGUGUGGCACGCAACUCUGUUGGUGAUGACAUUAAAUACACCACGGUUGAAGUUGAACACCAGGAACCCUUCAUCAAUGGAAUAAAAGGAAAGAGUUCAACAAAACUUUUGGGAGUCUCCUAUCAAACAGCUCUUAUGGACUGCAGAGUGGAAGGAAAACCUGAGCCCAAAAUCUGGUGGAUUACUCCUUAUGGGAUCUCUCUAACAACACCCUACCUUGGAGGUCGGUUCCAGGUUCACCAAAAUGGGAGCCUAGAGCUCAGAGGGGUAAGAAAGACAGAUGAAGGCAGAUAUACAUGUCUAGCUAAAAAUCAUCUUGGUGAAGCCUCGAUGUCAGUUGAGUUACAAGUAGCAUCCUUAGCUGAAAAGCCUAGCUUUGCUGUUCCCAACAUUGAAAUUUUACCCAUAAAACAAGAUGGUUCUGGAAUAGCCCUCAAGUGUCCUGCUCGAGGCAAACCAAACCCAGAACUUUCAUGGCUGCUUCCCAAUGGGACAAUGUUAAAACCUGGUCUACGUCUCCAACGCUUUACCCAUCAUCUCGGGAGUGGAACGUUGCAAAUCUCAAACCCUGUUGCGAAUGAUAAAGGAGUGUACCGAUGCAUAGCAAGAAAUGUGGCUGGACAAGCAGAGAAACGCUAUGCCUUGGAAGCUGGGAGAAAGCCAGUAAUCAGAGGAUAUACAGGUGGGAUGACGAUCACUUUUGGCCUCAAUCUCAACCUACCAUGCACAGUGGAUGGGUGGCCUCCAGCAUCAAUCACAUGGACUCUACCUAAUGGUGUGGUUUUGGACAAACCUCAGACCAUUGGGCGAAUAUCUUUCUUCAAUAAUGGGACACUCCAAAUCAAGCAGGUUGCCACUUUUGAUAAAGGAACAUAUAGCUGUAAAGCUUCCAACGCACAUGGAUCAACCACUCUGUCUUAUCCAGUCACAGUGAUGGUUUUCCCUCCACGGAUCACGACCACAAUGCCACCCAUUACCAAAAUUAUCCAAGGAACACCAGUGAUUUUACAGUGUGUAGCAAAUGGAAUGCCCAAGCCGGAUAUUUCCUGGACAUUACCUGGACGCACCACUCUGCUUCCACAAAACCGGUACACUGUGAGGGGAGGAAUUCAUAUAACACAGGAAGGUUACCUGGUAAUCCAAAAUCCAGUGCUCACAAACUCUGGCAUUUAUAAAUGCAAUGCCAAAAACGCUCUGGGGACAGAUUUUAAAUCCACAUAUCUACAAGUUGUUUGAGUGACACUUUACAAACACAAGAAGACUAUGAUUGUAUGACGACUGGAAAAAUAAAGACUCUGCUGGUUGAUUUUUAACUAACACUUUUGUCACUUCCCUUAGGGGUAGAAUUCAUUGCACAUCAGGCUUUGUCUCUAUAUUGUAUUGCUGUUGUGUAAUUUCCAGAGAUAUCAGAUAAUUAGCUGUGAUGUUAGUCAUGGGCUCAUUGUUGCAGACAGUUUAAGGAAGUAUAAUGUUGCAUUUGACUAUGAUCUGCCUCAUUACUUUGAAGGGUUGACCUCUCUCUGUUUCUACCACAGCUACUCAAUACUAAAAGCAGUAGAUCCAUCAUGAAAUUAAAGGUAGCUUGUUGUGUUUGAGUUUUAAAUUGUUAGCCACUUCCAAAUGAAGCAACAAACUACAGGUCUAUCAUUGCACAUCCAGUUGCCCUUUUAAUGUUAUAUUUUUUAGUAAAAAUUUGACAUUGUUGUAAUUUUAGUUUUCCAUAAGAGUAUUUUUCUUCAAGUAAAAGUAUUUUGAUCUGUGUAUUAAAUUUAUAUUUCUUUUGUCUGUUAUCCUAGCUUUUGUAGGAGUAUAAUUUUGUAUUUUUGCUGUUCAGAUGUUGAUUUUUUUUGCCAAAACAAAUUCCAUCUUCCACUAAGAAUCAUAUUUCCUUAAUAAUAUGUUACUAUUUUUUUAGCCUUGAGCUUGUCAAGUAAACUUUUAUGUUUUUGGUUGUGUGUGUUUGUUUUUCUUAAUAGGA